AUGUUAUUGAUAUUUCUAUUCUUUUUGAUUCAAUGGAUUAACUGUUGGAAUGUUAUAACAUUGAAAAAAAUAAUUGAGCCCAUUAAUAAUAAUAAUUUGAUCGUAGAGGAUGAUUAUAUGAUUGUGUCUAAUGGAAGCUACUCAUUUAAAUAUGAAGGUGUGUAGGGAUAUAGGAAAUUACAUAUGAUAUUUGAUGCUAAGGUAAAUUUGAGUUAAGCUGAAAUAUUGAUUAAGGUAAACGGAAUUAGAAGAAACUUUCUUUUUGUAGAAAGAGAUUUUAAGGAAUUUCAUAUGGAAUUUGAUCAUUAGGCUCCAGAUAUAAGAAUAUAGUUUAUUUUUGAUGCUGAGAUCCAAUUUACAUUAAGGAACUUCAAUAUAUUUAUUUAGGAAUGCCCUAAGAAUUGCAGAUACUGCUUAUCUGGAUAUUGUGAUCUUGAAAUAUUUGAUUAAUGUUAGAAAUUAAGAUAUAAAAAUGAAUGUGUCGAUGAAUGCCCCUUAGGAUACUUAGCUGAGUUCAGAGAAUGUAUAAAGAAAAGUUUAAAUUAGUUGGAUAUUAAUUAAAAGUCCGUAAACAAUGAUAUUGGAUCAAAUAAGAGAUUUGGAGAUAGUUAAGAAUUGUAUUUUGAUUUUGAAUAGCAAUUUGAAGGUUGGAUGGAGAUUAAGUUUAAUUGUUAUGGGAAAUAGAAGGAUUAAAAUCAAUCAAUUCUAAAGAUAUCCAAAGAAAAUGUUCAGCCUGAAACAAUAUAUCCGUUUUUACCCAUUUAUUAUAAUACAUAAUCGUAUAAACAGUGUGAGAAAAAGUCUGAAUUAGAUUGCAUAUAAGUGAAAGUUUUAGUUAAGAUGGAAUUCUAAGAAUAAAAUAAAAUUACUAUAUAUAGUUAUUCAAAAAAUGUUGAAAAUUCAGGAUUUUGGAAUGUUGAGGACGUUAAACUAUAUGAUAAAGAAAUAAAAUAUUAUGAUUGCUCAAUUAUUGGAUGUGAAUCGUGUUCUUUUAAUUAAGUAUGUAGUUAAUGCGGUUAAGAUUUAUAUUUAUAUGAAAAUGAAUGUGUUAAAUAAUGUCCAUAUUUUACAAUUAGAAAUGGUAGCAAAUGCAUAAAGAUAGAUGAACAAUAACAAGAUGUUAGUUUUCUCAUAAAAUUAGAUUCACCAUUUUAGGACAUAUUAUCUAUUUUUGGUUAGAAGACUUUCGAUAUGAGGGAAUAGAUAAGUUUUCGUUAUGAAAACGGGACUACAUUCAUCGGAGGAGGAUUAAAAGAUGGUUGGCGAAGGACUACAUUUACAAAACAAUUAAAUCUUGGAAAACAUUACUAGAUUAGAUUGAUGUUUAAUUUAUCAAUCGAGAAUUCUACUUCGGAUUCAGAUUGUUUUACAUACACAAUAGAUGGAAAAACCACUCUUGCCCAUAAGAAUGUGUCUUACAUUGAUCAUACUCUUUAUCAUAACAAGAACAUCCUCAAUAUGAACUUAGGAUGUAAAAUCUCGAGUAAUGGUAGAUGUGUAAUCUCUAAUUAUUAUUUUAUGACUAUGAAAUGUUCUCCUCUUUGUCUUCAAUGCGUUGGCCCAUUUGAAUAGGAUUGCAAAGCUUAUGAAAAGAACAUUUAGAAAUUUGACUAUUAGAAAUUAAAGUGUCUUGAUGGUUACUACUUAGAUGGUAAUGGAUGUCAAAAAUGUUCUGUCGGUUGUCUGAUUUGUGAAUCUUAUAACAAGUGCUUAAAAUGCAAGGAAGAUAAGGAUGGAGAGUUUUAUUGUUAGCCCUACAUCUGA